AGGCAUCUAGCCCCACCACACCCCUGCCCCAUCUUACCAAGGCUUGGAAAAGUAACCCAAGAUGCAAGCUUGGGCUCACCCCGAGGUUGAUGACGAAGUCCGCCCGGAAAGGGAAGUUAGGGGAAGGACUGGGGCUCUUGGAACAAGACAGCAGGACCAGCUUCAGGUGCCAAGGUGUGGGGCGAGGAAGUUCUUGGAUCCCCUUAGGGGGUGAGGGUGGAGGAGUAGAGGUCCAUGUGGCCAGAUCUGGGAAGGGGAAGGGCCCCUUGUAGUUAGGGAGACUCCCGAGGCAAGUUUCAGGGAGAGGAAGUAGGGACGGGACUGGCGACACCGAGGCAGGAAGUGGGGGGCCAAGUUCUGGGGGGUGGAGAGGGCUGGAGCUGGGGUCCCAGAGGGAUUCUGAGCUGGGAGUCCAGAAGCCUGGAUUUUGAGGAGGGGGUAGAGCGAAGACCUUUAAGAACAGAAGUGAAAUGAGGUCCCCGGUGGUGGGGGCGAGUAGACAGUGUGUUGUUCCUCUGGCUUGGCCAACUACCAGCUGGGUGGAGGGCGGAAACUCCACUGAGGUUUUCUCAGGAAGCCCCAAGUUAAACUUGCAUGGGGGUGGGGAUGCCACCGUGCCCACAGGCCCUGCCCUUCUCCAUGCGGCUCCACCUUCUACUCUGGGGGUCCACAUUCAUGUCCUGGGCCUUGGGGGCCGUGCCAGUGUCCAGGUACUGCGGCCGCCUGGAGUUCUGGGAUCAGGACUUGGGAUGCUGCCGACGCUGCCUAGAGCGCUUUGGCCCCCCCAGCUGCCAGGACUCUGAGUUCAGCCGGCAUUGUGGAAUCACAGACCGUGGGGACCACCUGGUUUUGCCCUUUACUCUGUGCCCACCGGGGCUAUGCAAUAAGGAGUGGGCGGAACAGUGCAGUCCAUGCCAGGAGCACCCUCAGCCCCCAGCAGCCAGGGCCAGUCAUUAUCAAGCCCUCUGUGCCAAGGUAAGUCCUGGCUGGUGUGGGGAACCCUGGGUUGGGGGCCUGGGGAGCCCCCAUAACCCUUUCCUGCUGCCGAAGGUGCCCAUACCCCCCCGGAAACCGUGCCCAGCGAACAGAAGCACACCUGAGCCGUCCUCGUCCGCUCCAGGCCCCAGCCCCAGGAAUGGCUUCCAGGGGUCCUCUACACCCGCCGGGUCCCUAGUGACUCACCCACCCGACUGGAGCCCGGUCUGGCACGUGGUGGGCAUCACGGCCCUGCUCCUGGUGGGAGGCCUGCUCAUUUCGGCCAUCUUGCAGAUGUUCCUAGGGAGGGCUGAGAGCAGGGGGAAGGUGGCAGGAGCAGGGGAGGCCUGUGAGUUCUCCCGGAGAGAAGAGUCAGUGCCAGCCACUUUGGCACACCAGCCCCUCUCGCGCCUUCUGGAUGAGCUUGAGGUUCUGGAAGAGCUGGUCAUCCUGUUGGACCCUGAACCGGGACCCCGUGGGGGCUCUGCCUGGGGAACUACCCGGCACUUGGCCGCCCGCUACGGCCUCCCCGCCUCCUGGGCCACAUUCGCCUACUCCUUGCGGCCUGCACGUUCCCCACUUCGUGCCCUGCUGGAGACAGUGACGGCUCGGGACCCCACAGCCCAGCUGGGUCAGCUGGCUGAGCACCUGGGCCAGCUGGGGCGUGGCGAUGCCCUGGGGGUGCUGUACAAGCUUAGGUGAGGCCGUUGGGCUAGUGCCAUCCCAGUCUCCUUGGGAGCUUCCUGCCUCAGUGUCCCAACAAGAAUAAAUCUUGCUGUUUCCACA